UUUGUAGAAUAGUGAUGGAAGUAAUUGUAUCCAGAAAAAUAAUCUUAGCCCUUUUUUUGCUAACUGUUAUAUCUUUCUACAUCACAUUUACCUUCAAUAGCUGUCUAGUGAAAAGUAUUAGCAAGUCAAUUCCAAGGUGGAACCCUAUAAGUAUUCAUCAAAGUUCUUUAGAUCAUUAUACAACCAAUGUUCGCCUUGUUCCACUAUUAGAGAGCAAUGAAACAGACAUAUCUUCAAAGUAUAAAUAUUUUCAAGACCAAGGUAUGAGGCAAUUACCUAGUGCUCUGAUUAUCGGGGUUAAGAAAGGAGGUACAAGGGCAUUAUUAGAAUUCAUUAGAAUACAUCCGGAUGUCAGGGCAGCUGGUAGCGAAAUCCACUUUUUUGACAAGAAUUAUAUGAAAGGCUUUCAGUGGUACAGAUCCCAUAUGCCCCCAACAUUAGAAGGUCAACAAACUAUAGAAAAAACUCCAUCCUACUUCAUUACUAAAGAAGCUCCAAAACGAGUUAAUCACAUGAAUCCCUCCACUAAAUUACUUGUAGUUGUAAGAAAUCCUGUAACAAGAGCAAUAUCUGACUAUACUCAAGCAGUAUCUAAAAGGCCAGAAAUGGAUAAAUUCGAAUCAUUGGUUUUCAUUAACGGAAGUAUAGGAAAUCUGAUAGAUACAUCAUGGGGACCUAUUAAGCUCGGAAUGUAUGCAAGGUAUCUAACCCGAUGGUUAAAGUAUUUUCCACUUUCUCAAUUCCUAUUUGUGAGUGGAGAAAGAUUAGUAUACGAUCCAGCUGCCGAACUCCAUCGUGUUCAAAAUUUCUUAGGCUUAAAGCAAGUUAUAAAUGAGAAACACUUUUAUUUCAAUGCGACAAAAGGUUUUCCUUGUCUUUUUAAAAGUGAAGGACAUAGUGCACCUCACUGUCUGGGUAAAACAAAGGGUAGAAAUCAUCCCAAAGUUGACAGAAUUGUUUUGCAGAGACUGAAAGAUUUCUAUAGGCCAUUCAAUAAUAGAUUUUACCAAAUGACUGGAAUAAAUUUUGGCUGGUCUUGAGCCUAGUUUAAAUUCUAUCAUUUCCUCAUUUUCUGAGACCUGAGAAAUUAUUAAAACGGUUCAUUACUAAUGAGCUAUUUAGUUAGAAAGAUCUAGACAAAAUUAGUGCCAUUUUUUGUUGAAUAGUGAUAGCUAACAGUAUUAAGUUGUUGAGUUUUUGUUAUCUUGUUCAUUCUUAUUUAUGAUGUUCAGAUUAGAAUAGAAUGUAUUAUCUUGUUUUUUCUAUACUAAUUUGUCAUUGAAACACUGAUUUUAAGUA